UUUUAUUUAUUUUUUGCCAUUUUUUUGCGAACUUGUCCAUUUUUACCUUCACAUUUCCGAAUGUUGUAUGUCUUGUGUACCCUUCCCUUCAUGUAUGAUUCUUUUUAGUGUAUUCAAGAAUUUGAAACUCCCUGUAGUCUUUGAAAUUGAGUUUCGAGUUGAGGCGGCUUAAAAUGAAUCACACAGAAAAAUUUACAUGAUAGUCCACCAUGAUGUCGAUGCAUACUGUUGAGAAUAGCCCCACCUAGUAUGGUUUGAGAAUUGGGCAAAUGUAUGGUGCAAGUUGAUAAAUAGCGACAGCAGCGACCUUUAUAAUAUGGCCAAAUGUAUGGAGAGUUAGAUCUAGGAACACAGACAUUUUGGUUUACAAUUCUUUAUGCUUACCAGCUGACAUUAAUGGAUUUCUAAUCUCUCCUGCAACAGUUGUUAAAACAACAAGAACAAUUUUACGUUAUGUUUUACCCAAUCUCAAUCUCAAUCCUAACAAUUCUCUUCUACUAUCUUUCUAAGAAGCGUAAGAGAUGUGAUGAUGCGUCGAGCAUAAAACUCAACCUACCGCCUUCUCCACGGACGAUACCUAUCAUCGGAAACAUACAUCAACUAGGACUCCGACUUCACCAGUCUUUUUACCGUCUGUCAAGUAAGUAUGGUCCACUCAUCCUUUUAAAUGUGGGUAAAAAGCCUGUCCUUGUAGUUUCAUCUGCAGAGAUGGCAACUCAAAUUGUGAAGACCCAUGAUCUCGUUUUCGCAAAUAGGUUUAGUACAAAAGUUGCAAAAGUUAUCUUCUGUGGUGUAAAUGAUAUAGCUCUAGCUCCAUAUGGUGAGUAUUGGAGAAAAGUGAGAAAGUUCUGUGUCCUUGAAUUGCUGAGCAUAAAAAGGGUUCAAUCAUUCAAGUUUGUAAGAGAAGAAGAAGUUGAUAAACUUAUUGAGAAGAUAACUUGUUCGUCUAGACAAAGAGAGACCAUAAAUUUGACUGAGAUGUUGUUUUCUAUGCUAAACAACAUUAUCUUUAGGUGUUCACUUGGUGAUAAUUUUAAGAAAGAUUACACAGACAGAUUUGUGGAGUUGACUAAGAAGGCGGACACAUUGUUGGCAUCUUUCAGCUUUGAAGAUUUAUUUCCUUGGCUUCAUUGGAUGGAUACUCUAACUGGACUUACUGGGAAGCUUAGGAGAAUAUCUCAUGAACUAGAUAUCUUCUUUAAUCAAGUCAUUGAUGAUCAUCUCCUUUCCAGAUCACACGUGGACCACGACAAACAUGAUAAGAGGAACUUCAUAGAUCUGCUUCUUGAUCAUGCUGACCAAAAUAACCUUGAUCUCACUAGAGAUAAUAUCAAGGGAAUAAUAUUGGACAUGUUUGUUGGUGGAAGUGACACCACUGCAACUUCCAUUGAAUGGACUAUGGCAGAGCUAAUAAAGAAUCCAAGGCUAAUGAAGAAAGCACAAGAAGAGGUAAGAAGAGUGAUAGGAAAUAAAAACAAAGUGGAAGAGCAAGACAUUGAUCAAAUGCAGUACUUGAAAUGUAUUGUGAAAGAGAGUCUACGGCUACAUCCGCCUUUACCCGUUUUGAUUGGAAGAGUUUCCUCUGUCAGUUGUAAGAUAGGAGGUUAUGAUAUCCCACCAAAUACUGGAGUUUUCCUCAAUGCCUGGGCAAUUCAAAGAGACCCCAAAUUGUGGGAUAAACCAGCACAGUUCCAUCCUGAAAGAUUCGAAACCAACCAAAUCGGUUUUAAAGGUCAGGAUUGUCAGUUCAUCCCAUUUGGGUCUGGAAGAAGAGGGUGCCCUGGAAUAGCAUUUGGUCUUGCGGUGGUGGAAUUUGUUUUAGCCAACCUCUUGUACAGGUUCGACUGGGAAUUGCCUGGCGGUGCUGACAGUGAGGGGCUAGACAUGACUGAAGGUCUGGGCAUCACUGUGAAUAGGAAAAUAUCUCUUCAUGUAGUUCCAAAUAUUCUCAACCUGCUUCUGAUUAAUCUCUCCUUAUAUGCAUAAAUGUAAGUUUUAAGCUCUAUUUAAGUUUUUCACAGAAGCUUUUGUUUCCAAGAUCCGGCUUGAAAGAAAGUCAAAGCAUAGUUUGUCAUUAAAGCUCCAGAAUCCAGAUAACUAGAUCAACAAAUUAGUUUUCUAUUUGAAUCUUCAAGUCUACCCCAUGUUCCUAUGACCUUGAGGCCUGAGCUCCUUAUUUUGCUCAAGUUGAAACAUGGCCGAGUCAGGCUGACAUUACUAUACAGACGUGCAAUAGCAUCUCAUCAGUGGUAGGAUAACACCAGGACGGCAACAGCUGUAAGCACCACCAAAUAUAUAUAUACUCAAAUCGUUCAGUUGUUCACAAACCACAAUCCAUACCUUUACCUAAUCAAUAUCCAACAAUGGCAGAUCAAUCUCAGCAGCAAGCAACAGAUAAAUCCACUGUUACUGCUACAAGAAUGUUCGACCGGCUUCACACUAUUACUACAACCGAUCCUUAUGAAAAACUGAUGUGCAUCCACAAUCCUGACAAUGAUACUCUCAUUAGAAACUUCCCAAAUCCACUUACCAUCCUAGCAGAAGAUGAUCAAACCGCCAAAGACAUAUCUUUAAAUCCUGACCGGAAAACCUCGAUCCGAAUAUUUCGACCUCCGGCCGAACUCUCUGUAACAAAUAAGCUUCCCAUCAUAAUUUACUUUCAUGGUGGUGGUUUCAUUCUUUUCAAUGCAGCUUCAACUAUGAGUCACAAUUUCUGCCAAUCCAUUGGUGCACAUUUGCCCGCAUUGGUCGUUUCGGUAGACUACCGUCUUGCUCCCGAAAGCCGACUUCCCGCUGCUUAUGAUGAUGCUGUUGAUGCCCUCAACUGGGUCAAAAGUCAAGCUUUAGACACCUCAAACGGCGAACCAUGGUUCAAAGAAUACGCUGAUUUCUCAAGGUGCUUCAUUAUGGGGUGUAGUGCUGGUGGUAAUAUUGCGUAUCAUGCUAAUCUAAGAGCAGUAGAAAUGGAUCUUGAACCAGUCAAGAUCAAUGGGCUAAUACUACACAUACCCUUUUUUGGUAGUUCAAAGAGAACUGAAUCAGAACUAAGAUUGAUCAACGAUCUAUACUUGGCGCCUUCACUAAGCGAUGUCAUGUGGGAAUUGGCUUUGCCGGUUGGUUCCGAUCGUGAUCACGCUUAUUGUAAUCCGAGUAUUGACGACGGCGAAUCAUCUAGAAUCAAGGUAGGGCUGAUGAAUAGGUGUUUGGUGAUGGGAUUUUACGGGGAUCCGCUAAUUGAUCGCCAAAUUCAGCUUGUGCAAAUGUUGGAGGAAAAUGGUGUGAAAGUGGAGACUUGCAUUGCAGAAGGAGGGUUCCAUGGGGUGGCAUUCCAUGACCCUAAAAUACUUGAAACUUUGCUGGAAAAACUGAAACAAUUCAUUUGACUUUCUCUGCUAUUACCAAGAAGAUUCAAAGAAUGGAUAAGCCAUGAAUCUACUUUGUCACAUUGAUAAUUUUAAAUUUUAAUUCAAACUUGUACUUUUUUUUGUUA